UUCCGAGAUUCGAGAUCUCUGUGUACUCUCUCCCUAUGUAUGAAUGUGUCUACUCCCGAGUCGAGCGAGCGAACGUUCAGGGGUCCAGAUUAGCUCCUCCCUUCGUCGGCGGCUUCGCUGGCGAUGGGCGGCGACGGAGAGCCAGCAAAGGAGGAGCCUCAGUCUGAGCUUGGAGACGGACAUUUUGGUGUGGAGAAAUCUCAGUUAAAGCUCAUUGCUCGAAUCGUGCAGACGUUGAACACGACCAAAGUCGGCUUAGAUAGCCAUCACAUUCAAGUGUUUAGCAGUGUCAGGUUUCAUAGGGACCCGGAGUAUUUCGUUCGAACCGCAGGAUCCGGAUUGAGAAGAGUCCAUUCACGGAGCAUCCAGUUUCAUCCCUCAUCUGCGUCUCUCUUGUCUGGUCGUCCCGUUGCGCUUUGAAUAGCCCAAGGAUUGGGACGGUGUUAAAAACACAGCUUUCAUUCAGCUGACACGUUUCAAACAAUUGCUGUGGAUCGUCUGAGUGAUGGGUUUGAAAAUAUUUAGAAGGAAGAGUCCUGUUCUUCAAACAACUUGCCGCCGCCAGUGAUUGAUUUCUCCCUUGCACAACGUGUGUGGAUACAGGGAAGGGGCCACAAAAACCUUGUCUUGAAUCCGGGUGAACGCCUCCAGAAGCCAAAGAUCGAUCAUUGAACAAACAUAGACAGAGGUGACGGACAAGAAGGGUGUUGCAUACGAGGCCGUGCAAUGUGCAGUUUCAGAUGCAGUCCCAAGAAAUCCAAGUUGCCAUGGUAAAACUCCUGUCGAAUAUGCACCAAACUGUUCCAUUAUCGUUGGUAAAAAUGUCGCCAGAGUCCCAGAGGUCCAAGUCUUCGCAAGGGGGUAAAAACAGCUCGGCCCCACUCAUGUCUGCCUUCUCCAUAAGAUCCAUCCUGGAUGACAGAAGUGUCGUCAAUGAUGAUUCCGAGGUCCGACAUUCCAUACUUCGCAACAACAACGAUGAUGAGUCCAAAGCCAGUCCCAAACUCUUCGAGGAUGAGGACGAACCUCUCAGCGAUGACUUUGUCGAUGUGGACGGGGAGGAGUGUGAUACAGCCUCCAGCGAUGAGGCUCUUAUUGAUACAGCCGAGAGAAAGAAGGGUGGUGAUACGGCAAGCAAUGUCAAAGAGGACAAGUCCGAGCCUGAGAAAGAGCUCACACCAGAAGAAAAGGCAAAAUUGGAGGAGAAGAAGAAGAAUGAAAAGCCGCCAUUCAGUUACAAUGCCCUAAUCAUGAUGGCUAUUCGGCAAAGUCCCGAAAAGCGCCUCACUUUGAAUGGAAUUUAUGAGUACAUCAUAAAAAGCUUUCCUUACUAUAGGAAUAACAAGCAAGGAUGGCAAAACUCAAUUCGUCACAACCUCAGUUUGAAUAAGUGCUUCAUCAAGGUGCCCCGACAUUACGACGACCCGGGAAAGGGCAAUUACUGGAUGAUUGAUCCGGCAGCAGACGACGUGUUUAUUGGCGGAACCACCGGCAAGCUGAGACGAAGGAAUACCUCCGCCUCACGAUCCAGACUAGCGGCCUUCAAGCGGAGUUUUGCCUUAGGGUUCCCCCCUGGAUACCCCGGGGCAUGGCCUCCAGGCCUUGGAGGUCACUCGCUGCCGGGAUUUGUCAGAUAUGGUCCCCCUUUUGGCGGCCUUCCUGGCCUGGCCGCCAUGGCGGCUGCUGGGGCGGCCAACCACAACCCCUAUCUCUCUAGUGUACUUAAAUCCUCCGUCGCUCUUUCUUCAAGCCUUCAAGUACCCUCCAGUCAAGCCUCAGGUAUGGGAUCAGAUCACGGAAUGCCUUUGAGUUCUGAUUCGUCGUCAAGACUUGGAUCACUCCAACCGCCACACGGCCUCUCUCCAAUGCAUCCAUCAGGCAUGAGAUCUCCUCUGAUGCCGAUACCAACCACUUCUAGUCUACUGUUUCCACCCAUGGGGUCCAAUUCCCCCUAUAGCCUCUAUUCUGGGCUCAGAUCUUUGGGAGCUCUUCAAGGAGCCUCAUUUUCACACUUUGGUGCUCUGUCAGCAAAUGCUGCUGCCGCCGCUGCUGCUGCCGCCGCUUCAGCGAUGAGGCCGCCGCCAAAUGGCGCCAACGGAGGCGGCCUUUCGCCCACCGCUUCCAUUGGAUCCCAAGGAAGUCCACGAGAGUCCGUGGAACGAGGCGUGAGUCCUCCGAGGUUCUCACCAGACCCCCGAAGAGCUUCCAUGGAGAAUAGCCCCUCCAUUUGUUAGAAAUUGUUUUUCUUGUGGCCUCCCCCAGGAGUCAAAGAUCGACCCAAGCAAACUGGGAAGAACAAUUGUUGUUACGAAUUCUUAGAUAACUCCACUUGCCCUCAGUAUUGAACUCAGAGCCAACUCAACCGGAGGAGUGUCAUUUCAUGUGAUAUCCAAUUUUUGAAUUCUCCUCGAAUUUUAUGUGAAUAAAUCUAUUAUCGACCACUACCCGCACCCGUUCCGUUGGUAAUCCCAAUCCAUGGUCACUCUGAUAUCCACUCAACACUUUCAAUUGUC